AGCGACUAUGAACGGCUACAGCGCCAACUGGUAUUAGUGUUUUUAUUGUUAAUUUCAGCCAUUAAUAUAUAAUCUAAAGUCCGUUUAUUAAAAACCGAAUUAGGUGGCUUUGUAAUACGUUGUUUCAAAGUACUUCCAUCUUAAAAUGGGAUGUUAUGGCUUUCUAUCUUCACCUAUAUUUGGGUAAAGUGUGUGGAAAGCGUCAUGUUUGCUAGCUAGCAUCUUUACAAACAAACCCGUCCCUUUAAGUGUCCGUCAAACAGCAACAUGAAAGUUCGCUCGUCCGUGUUUGCCUCGUUCAUUUUAAUACUUGAGGGGAUUGGCGUGGCCCUCUUUCUGCGGGGUUUUUUCCCCGUCCCUCUCAAGUCUUCCGUCUCAUCCAAGAACAAGCUGUCAGACCUGCCCGUGGAGCCGCUGACAGGAAGUUCUCCCAACUCAUCCCGCCUCCCACAGCCCCUGUUUAAGAGGGUGGUUAUAAUGUUAGUGGAUGCUCUGCGGGAGGACUUUGUGUUUGGACCCAAUGGCCGCAUGUACAUGCCCUACACCCGACACCUGGUGGAGAGGGGCUCUUCACACAGCUUCGUGGCCAAGGCAAGACCCCCCACCGUCACCAUGCCCAGGAUCAAGGCAGGUUCAGGUCAGAGAGGGCAGCAUGUGUUGGUGGACACUGUCAGAGAUAGUGGACAGGAUAAGCGCUGA